AUGGCUAUUGGCUUACCCGGCAAUCUAGCUAAGCAAAUUCUCCGACGCUCAGGAUCUGGCUCAUAUAAAGCAACUUCAAGGUUUCCAGACGUGCCGAAAGGUUUCCUAGCAGUGUAUGUUGGGGAGAACCAGAAGAAGCGGUUUAUAGUUCCUGUAUCCUACUUGAGCCAGCCUUCAUUUCAGGAUUUGUUGAGCAUGGCUGAAGAAGAGUUCGGCUUUGAUCAUCCAAUGGGUGGUCUGACAAUUCCCUGCAGUGAAGAGAAAUUUACUCACAUCACCUCUUGCUUGAGCAGAUGA